CAGCACUGUUUUCAAUGCUGUGAAAAAGCGUACAAAUUGUAUCGACAAUUCAUUGAUUUGUUGGGCAAACGAAAGCGAGCGCUAUAAAGUUAAUAGAUUUAAGGCGAUACAACAUGGGUUCCCAUUCGCGCACUCCCAGUCCGUCAAGCAAACGGCGUCAUCACAAAAGCAAGCACAAGAAACGCAGUAAGUCCCACAACCGGGAACGGGAGCACGACAGAGACAAGUCCUCGGAGGUAAACCACCAUGGACGGCGUGACCGGGAACGGGACCGCGAGCGGGACAGGGACAGAGAGCGGGAGAGGGACAGACACCGCAGCGAUCGCCACACAGAGCGCGACUACCGCCACUCGCCUGCAAUGCUCAAGUCCCGGAAGCGCUCCACCUCGUCGAGCAGUGAUAGUCAAUACUCAGACCAAGAGACGCAGCGCAGCAGACACAAACGCAGUCGCUUCAAGAAACUGGACGAGCAAAACCAGCUACAGGUCGAGCGCCUGGCCGAGAUGGAACGGCAGCGGCGGGCCAAGGAAGUCGAACAGAAGACAAUCGAAGAGGAGGCCGCCAAACGCAUUGAGAUGCUGGUGAAAAAACGCGUAGAAGAGGAGCUGGAAAAGCGACGCGAUGAGAUUGAACAAGAAGUCAACCGACGCGUCGAGACAGCAAAGGCAGAGAUGGAACGCGAAAUGAUGCUGGAGCUGGAGCGGCGACGCGAGCAGAUACGCGAAGAAGAACGUCGGCGCGAGGAGGAUGAAAAACAAAAACGGGAAGAGCUUGAAGAGAUUCUGGCAGAAAAUAAUCGGAAAAUCGAAGAAGCUCAGCGUAAAUUGGCCGAAGAGCGUUUGGCGAUAAUUGAAGAACAACGCCUCAUGGACGAGGAGCGCCAACGUAUGCGCAAGGAACAGGAGAAGAGAGUUAAGGAGGAGCAAAAGGUCAUAUUAGGAAAGAACAAUUCCAGGCCGAAGUUGUCGUUCUCGCUGAAACCGGGAGCUUUAUGAGCAGCGUAGGAAUCUGGUUAAGGACGCUCUUUUUCUUGUUAACAGCUUUUGCUUUUUUUUGUACCUCAUAGGCCCUUUGUUUGCGCCAAAGACUAGCCCCCUGAUUUGCUUGUUGUCAUUGUGUUCUUUUAUUAUUUUAUUUUUUUUUGUUUAAGUACGGGCGGCAGUUUUAAGCGCAGACAAAGAUUCAAGUUUUUUUCAAAAUUGCCAAUUUAUGAAGAUAUACAGAUCUAUAUAGUACAAUAUGAUAGCGAUUUACUUAACCUUUUCUACAUAAACACUGUGAGAGACGAAUGAUUUUGUGUAGUGCGUCGAUCUGUUGACACAUCUGAGAAAUUAAUGAAAACCAAAAAAGAGAAGAAAACAAAUCAGUGAAAUACAUAAUAUGUAAUCUAUUUUCAAAUUUUGAUAUUUCAUGGAAACAUAUAAGCAACUGAAAUCGAUAAUAAAAGUAUAGAAAGGCGAA